GAAGGCAGGCGUGUGGGGUGAUUGGAGGUGAUGGUGGAGCUGAAUUGACAGCGGCGGCUGCCUCCCAUCGAUGGCUGAAGACAAGAGAAUGUUCCUUGUGACCUGCACGGCCCCUGUCAACAUUGCUGUGAUAAAAUACUGGGGAAAACGAGAUGAAGAGCUGAUUUUGCCAAUUAACUCCUCACUAAGUGUAACACUACACCAAGAUCAGUUAAAAAGUACAACCACAGUUGCUGCAAGCCGAGAUUUUAAGGAGGACAGAAUAUGGCUAAAUGGAAAAGAGGAAAAUAUCAACCACCCAAGGCUGCAGUCUUGUUUACGAGAAAUCCGUCGUAUAGCAAGAAAAAGAAGAAGCAGUGGUGAUGGAAAUUCUAACACGUUAACCCUCCACCAUAAAAUUCAUAUCUGCUCUGUAAAUAACUUUCCCACAGCAGCGGGUCUGGCAUCCUCUGCAGCAGGUUAUGCUUGUCUGGUCUACACACUUGCCAAGCUGCAUGGUUUGGAAGGAGAGCUGUCUGAGAUUGCUCGUCAGGGGUCAGGUAGUGCAUGCAGAAGCAUGUACGGAGGGUUUGUGCAAUGGAUAAUGGGAGUGAAAGAAGAUGGGAGCGAUAGCAUCGCACAGCAGAUUGAGCCAGAAACUCAUUGGCCAGAGCUCCGAGUUCUUAUACUAGUGGUCAGUGCAGAGCAGAAGCCUGUUGGUAGUACAGCUGGGAUGCAAACCAGUGUCAAGACCAGUCCAUUGCUGAAGUAUCGUGCUGAAAUAGUUCCAAAACGAAUGAAAGAAAUGAUUGAAGCGAUCAAACGGCAAGAUUUUGAAAUCUUUGGACAGUUAACAAUGAAGGACAGUAAUCAGUUUCAUGCAACAUGUCUCGACACCUUCCCUCCAAUCUUCUAUCUCAAUGAUAUUUCCAAGCGCAUCAUUAACCUGGUACAUAAAUACAACUCCCACUUUGGAGAGACACGGGUAGUGUACACAUUUGAUGCGGGUCCCAAUGCAGUUAUUUAUACACGAAAGCAGCAUGUGGAUGAGUUUGUGGAAGUUGUGAAACAUUACUUUCCUCCUGAAGAAAAUGGUGAACAGUUCCUGAAAGGCUUGCCUGUAAAUUCAGUAUCUGUAUCAGAACAUCUGAAGUCCAGCAUCAAGAUGGGUCCAGUUAAGGCUGGAAUUCAAUACAUCAUCAACACUCAGGUAGGACCAGGGCCACAGUUGAUAGAAGAUGCCAACCUUCACCUACUUGGAGAAGAUGGGCUUCCCAAGCAGUAGUACGGGAAAGAUGUCUUUCUGCAUUUGGAGGGAGAGCUCUAAGAUCUUUUCACUGUAAUAAACUUGGCAUUUGUUUAUCUGAGUUAUAUUGCACACUGCAGAUCAUCUCUAGUUUCAGUUUGUAUCAACAAAGUACAAAUGGUUCUUGCAUACAGUUUUUGGCACAUAAGAUGUCUGAUUUCUGAAUACACCAUUAAAGCCAUGUAUAGGUAGAAAUUUGAAGUGUGACUUGACUGCUGCCUAUCCCAUCAUACUCCCCAACAUAGCUGGCCCAGGAAUACAAUUUAAAAUACCUGUUUUCCUGGAUCUUGGCUCAGUUAAUAGUAUAGGUUUUGUGUAUAAAAUAAAAACCCCUGCACUCUGCAGUAAUAAAAACUACUGUGUUCUUUAAAUGAUACCUUUUAUCCAGUCUAGUUUAAUGUAAUUUGAUUUCUGAUGAAAUCCAAUUUAAAUCUCCAUAUCCAAAAGUCAUAAUUUAGUUUCUAUUCAGAUUUGCGUCUAGUGUAUAUAGCAUUGAAGACAAACAAGGUGCUUCAUUCAGAUGUAAACAACUGACUAACAAAAUUGAUUAGUAGUACAUGUAGAAGUUUACUUGAUAGUUUUAAUGAAAUAGUAUAUAGGAUAUCCUUAUGGGUCCCAUAGCAUCAUUGUAUAUUUGAAUGCAUGUCAUUGUUAUCAAUGGUAAAAGCCAAAUCUAGGUGAGAUUUGCAUCUUAGAAUUAUAAAUACUAUAGAUUUGUAUUAUCUUUUGAACAUUGUCACUUAAACCUGCUAUAAUCCUUUAAUUAAUGCACUACAUUUGCCCAAAUUUUGGAUCUAUACCAAACCAUAUAAACCUCAGAAACUUGGUUAAUGAAAUAACCAAGUCUGUCUACAAAAAGGUUAUAUUUUUCACCUGGAACUCACUGUUGAGAACCACCAAAAUCCCUAAGAACAUGAAACCCUUUUCAAAGCUAGCUGGGAUGUGACUGGUCCAGAAUGAAAUCUAACAAUGCUAUUGCAAGAAAAGCUGUACCUUCUGCAUCAGUAAUUCCCUGGGGAGGAGGAGGAUGGGUAAAAUCAAAGUUGGUGGGGGGCUACAAUUGAAUGUUUUAUUUAUUAAAUUGGGAAUUAGACAUCUUUGCUCUUUUCAUCUUUUAUCUAUUUUAAUGUGUAUUAGUUUAAAUUUUAUCUGCAUUUUAUAUUACCUCUUUCUAACUAUGGUAUUUUAUAAGUACAUUGUUCACUAAGUCCUCUCCUUACUGGCUAAUUAUCAGUAUGUAUCAGUCAACCUGACCUCAGAGCUUUAACAUUGUAACUUUUGGGAGAGCUUGCUUGUGUUCAGGGAAUGGAGACAGGGCUGGGGUUUUGGAGUUUGGGUUUAUUCAUCCCUAUGCCUUCGUACCAUUUGUGGAGAAUCCCUUACCUUCACUUUCUGACUUCAUGUAUAGCUCAUUUCAGAUUUAGAACUGGGGAUUAACGGUGAUGAAUCCACAUUCUACCUUCAGUUCGUGCACAUUAACUGCAUACUGUGGCAUCUUGUACUAAUUUCUCCAGUUUUUCUUUGCUUCUAUUCCCUCCUGCUAACGCGCAAUUCCAACAUUGCUUUACUAACUUCAGUUGUAUAAACUGAACAGUUUUUAAAUUGAUUUGAUAUAAUACAGGAGCUGCAGACAUUGUGUAGCAGAAUUGAAUGAAUUCUUGUCAUUAAAUGAUCAUUUAGAAAUUA